AUGGCAAAGACGAGAGCACUCAGCGAGACCGCUUCGACGGGAGAUGCUGUCAACACAGCGUCCCUUAUCGCCACCAAUCGUUCGAGACGUUCCGAACGCCUGCGUAUCAAACGAGUCGAAAAGACAAAGACCGACUACCUCUCCCGCCUCCCCCGCGAGAUCCUCGCCCGCAUCUUCGCCCACACUCUCCCCAAUACCCGCCACAACAAAACCAUCAUGGUCAAGCCUCGUCAGCCAGGCGACAAAUCCUACCGCGGCUACCCCACCUUCGAUUGGUCCUUGGGCCCUCCCGACUACUACUGGGUCUUGUGGGACGGUAUGAGAGGAGGCUUUCUCCCCCAUGUCAAGGGCUUCGCCGCGCUCGUACUGGUCAGCAAGUUCUUUCGUGGUCUUACUACGGAGUAUCUGGAUCCGAGGGAUAGUUGGAUCUACUUCACGGGUGAGUAUAGGUCUAGAAGGGAGGCGAUGGAGUUGUGGGUUGAGCGGGCUGGAUGGCGGAAGGGGGUGGAUGGAUUGGUGAGGCAUGAGGAGUCGAAGGCGCGGUAUACUUGA